AUGGCCUCAAACACCCAUCCAGAUCAUCUUGAUCCACUUGAACUGGAGAUAUUGAACCGGCGAAAUGCCUUUGAUCUACCACCAAGGACGGUCUGUGACGCUCUUGUAGACGUGUUCUUCAAGUGGAUCUCACCGGUUCUUCCUGUAGUCAAUAAUCAUGACUUCAUGCGAAAAUACAAUGACCCUCAAAACCCCCCAUCAAUUCUUCUACUUCAAGCUAUGUUGAUGGUAGCAUCCAGGUACUACCAUGACGAGAGCUCUCAAGGAUGUGGAAUAUCGCCACGUAUCUGCUACAAGAAGGUAAAAGCUUUAUAUGACGCUGGCUACGAGAGCGACUCUACCGCGAUUCUCCAGGCUGUGGUCUUGUUGGGUGUGUUUUGGGAUGGGCCAGAUGGUAGGGAAACAUAUGCACUACUUUCCCCAGAGAACCAGAGCAUCUGGAAGCGUAUCUGGUGGACGCUCUAUACCCGCGACCGCUCGGUGGCUGCAGCGUUUGGUCGUCCGCUUCACAUCAAUGCCGAGGAUUGCACAGUGGAAACGUUGACGGGGAAAGACUUUAUUGAGUACGACGAGCAAACCGGCAUCCGACAGCCUACGGAUGAUACGGCGGCUCAAUUUUUUAUCCAAUAUGUGAAGCUCUGCCAACUCAUGGACUUGGGUCUAUGUCUGAAACUAUCGUCAAGAUCAACGCAGGAAAGCCGAACGAGAGGGGCAGCCCAGUGUGAGCUCGGCCUCAACGAAUGGCUCACCGAUUGUCCUUUCGAGCUCCAGUGGCGACAGUCCCGACAUGGCUUCUGGCCAGCGAUGCUAUGCUCAACUUUUUAUACGAUUGUAUGCCAGCUACAUCUCUUAAAAGCACCCUACUCUUCGCAAGAAUCCCAGAGUUCGGCCUUCCAUGCUGCCUCGACCGUUAUCUCUAUCCUCGAGACACUUCAAUCGAGGGACGAACUCAAAUACACACCUUCGUUCAUAAUCUGCCAUGCUGUAGUAUCUUUCGUCACGCUCAAAUGUCAAAUGGAAGCCACAGUGCCGUCGCUCUUGCAUGCCAUUAGACUGAAGUUGGAAGCGAAUCUUGACAUGCUUGGAGCCUUAGCUCCAACAUGGCCGAUUGCAUCAAUGUUUGUGGAGCUCUUUCGUUCGAUGACUGGGCCAGAACAAUUUAGUCCGCUAUUAUCAGUUGCGACAGAUAAUUGCAGAAAGCGCGCACGUGGAGAGGAAGAUGGAGGCACUGUUCCCUCUCGAUCUACAGGCCCCUUCAAAAGACCGAAGGUGCAGCAGGUGAUUCUCCCACAGACCAAAGUCGUCCUUCAAAUCCUGCAGCGGGAAGCCCAGAGACGGCUUCCUUUAUCCAGCUCACUUCAAAAUGCAUCGCAUCAGGAAAGUGAACGAAAGCAUCUCGGUGCUAAUUUUGAUAACAAACAUUCUACGCCAUCUGAUGAGGUUGAACCAGAGCCAGAAAAUUACGACGCGUCAACAAUAUUGCAGAGCUUACGGCAGGUGAUUGAGAUCGCCAAAUCAACUUCUCUCCAUUUUCAGGAUGGCAAUGUCUCGUGA